UGUGGGGCUUCGCGGGCCAUUAGGAAGCUUGGGCCAAGCUAUCGCGAAGUCGAGGUUGACGAUACUACUUUUUUUAUCUGGUCAGAAAAUUCACCCCCGAGACGGCAGCUGGCACAUUGUAGGGCUAGAUACCCGACGAUGCCGAGGUAGAGACUGUCUUCGAACCCAACUACACAUUGUGUGCGCCCUCGUCGCCCAAUGGCUCCGACAAGCCAGUCCAGCCACCCUUGAGAGCGUCAAGUGCUCCCCACGAUGCGCUCCCACCUGGCUCGCCAUGUCUGCCGAGCGAGCCCGUGUCUCGCGGGGCUCCAUGUCAGGCACAUAUCCAUAUCUGCCCUUGCGGUCCGCGAGCGAGCCCAACGACUGCGCACAUGUCCGACACCACUGCGUAUAAGCAGGCCGCCCAGCAGGACAUUCUUUGGGGGAUUCAAGAAGCCUGCCAGGGAUGUCAAGGACCAUCGCGUCCUGCCCGGAUACGACCAGCUUCUUAUGUACAGCGCAAGCGAGACCGACAAUAUCCGCCCGCCCGCCGCGCAGAAGCUUGUCGCAGCCCUGCGCUCCUUUUUCCAGGUGGCCAAAUUCCGCAGCGACCCUAUCAACUCGACCCAGGCUUUCUGCGCGCUCCGCACCCUUGUCUAUCUGACAGAGAAGCUAGAUAAUGAGGGGCGGGAUGGAUACAAGUUCAAGCUCGGCUUAUCACUAGAGGUCAGGGACUUCCACCGUAUACAAGAAGUGGCAAGGAGAAAGCCUGCCAAGGGAGAUUCCAAGAGCCACUUGGAGCUCGCGAGGCUGGCUUACAAGUGCCAGUGCCUGCUCGACAGCCAAGCAGCAAACAAUAUCGGCGGGACCGUCUACCGGAGAUACAUCUCGGCCCUCGCUAGGCAAGGCGCCGCCACUGAGGCCUCGGAGCUGCUCUCGGCAUCCACCGCAGACGGGAUGGCAAUACAGAGAGAGACCCAGAAGCUGUGGAUGGAGAUACUAGAAGGUCUCGCGGAACAGGAUGACGAAACCACCUUGGUUCAAAAAGCCACCGAGUUGAACUUACAAGGUUUCCACGAAGGCCGACGCCAGAAGAUCAUGACCUCGUUCUACGCCAAGCGCGGGGAUGCGAGCGCUGUGUUCGAGUGGUACUACAAGGCAAAAUGCGAGCCCUUCGCGCCCACGCUUUUGGAGCUUUUGAGAUUUGCCAGGCGGCACCCCGAGGCGACAGUGCGUGUGAACGACAUCUUCACCAAGCUCUGCGGCAACCCCCAAAUCCCGCCUCCGAGGCACACUUGGGAUGUCAUUCUACAGUGGGCUGUCAGCAUCUUGGGCAAGGACAUCGAUGGCAUCGAUCAAACGGUGAACCUUUUACCUACUACGGCCAAUUAUCCAGAUACAGACACCUUGAACAAAUUGCUCGAGACUGCGAUUGAGAUGCAGAACCCAGCGCUUGCCGAGAGGUUCUGGCUUUGGUCAGUAAGACGAGGCAUCCCACAGGAUAUCCGCUCGCGCGCACUGCAGCUGGAGUACCGGUUGGAGGCCAACGAUUUUGUGGGAGCCCACAGCGCCAUGGAAGCUCUUGUGGCUUUCCCACGUGAGCACGAUCAUGGCCAGGAAGACGCCGACGAGGAGCCUAGACGACAGGGAGGGGCGAGCUUCUUUGACGCACACAGCACGUUGAUCCUGAAUAAAUACAUCCGGGCGCUCUGCGUGGACCUGUCCCAGGGUCAGAAGCUGCUUUCGGUACUGGGCCAGGUCGAGGAGUUUGAGGUUACGCUGGAACCUGAGACCACGGCAGAUCUUUGUGUCCAUUUCCUGAGGACGGACCAGCUGUACGAGCUGAUGGAUACUCUCUCGCUCCACGCUCUGCAGUACAGCCUGGAGGAGCGAGCGGUAGUGCGUGAUGCUCUGGUUAAGUACUCACUUGAUGAGGCCAACAGCACGGCUCGUGUAUGGGACAGCUACACGCUUCUCCGCGAGUACUUCCCGGAUACAAACCGGGCGAGCCGCGUGGAGCUCAUGGACGCCUUCUUCGGAAAGCGCAAGCGUCCCGACAUGGCGGUGCUCGUGUUUGGGCACAUGCGGGCGCAGGAAAACCCCGCGAUACGACCCGACGCGGCCGUGUACACGCGCGCACUCGAGCAGCUCGGCCGGCACCCAGACCGCGAGAGCCUGGGCAUGGUACACAACAUGCUCAAGAUGGACGCGACGGUGCAGCCGGACACGAAGCUGUAUAACGGCCUCAUGAUGGCGUACACGGGCUGCGGCGACCCCGAGACCAGCCUCGAGUUCUGGCGCGAGAUCUCGGGCUCGCCCGACGGCCCCACGUACGACAGUCUCGCCAUCUUCUUCUGGGCGUGCGAGAAGCUGCCGUUCGGCGACGAGCGCGCCGGCGAGGUCUGGGCCAAGAUGAUGAGGAUGGAGGUCGAGGUGCCCCCUUAUGUCUUUGGAGCCUACUGCGGCGCCAUUGCGGGUAAUGGUGACGUCGAUGCUGUCAAGAAGCUCUUCAAGGAUAUGAGGAGCACCGUGGGCUACUAUCCAGACCAUUCGAUGCUGCGCAUCUCUUACAAUGCCCUCCCUAGCCAGGAUCUUCAGAAUAAUUUUGAGGAGUGGGCAAAACAGGAGUUCCCCGAGCUGUGGGGAAAGCUGGAUGCCGAAGUUCCGCGAACGAAAGACUCUGUUGUGGAGCGUAGCGAUUUCCGGAAGCCACGAGACGAGCUCAAACCCUAGGCUAGUUUAGGGGCUGGAACCUAACCGUGAGUUCUCAGAGCCGUUGGAGAUAUUUGCACACAUAAAGAGCCAUGCGAAGCUGAUAGCCCUUGGCUUGGGACGUGUGCACGGUCAUGCUUUGCUGUGUUUGUGGGAUCUACGAAAUAAAAUAUCUGUACAUUUGUCUCGUAUGAGAUCAAUCAAACCUGCUAUUACGUGCCGGCACAUUCCUCCUCAGGCGAUGGAUGAUUUCGGGGUGCCUGUGCACACUGGGGUGUAGGCCAAGACCGAUGGCCCUCCUUAUGGCCUUGGCCAUCUUCCUGUGGUUGACGGGGCGAAGGCCUGUCUCGUCGCGGUGCUUUAUGCGGCCCAUGGGCGUUAUGUAUUCGGAGAUGACGGAGAAGUUCUGUGGGCGGUAGUCUCAGUAACUUGCCACAGGCAUGACGGGGGUGGGGGAUAGCAGCAACCAAAGAUGGCAUGAACAAAGACAAAAAAAAAA